AUGAGACGAUGGAUGCUUCCAAAACUCACUACAGCUCCCUACAGCUCUCUACAGCUCACUACAGCUCUCUACAGCUCACUACAGCUCUCUACAGCUCCCUACAGCUCACUACAGCUCUCUACAGCUCACUACAGCUCACUACAGCUCUCUACAGCUCACUACAGCUCACUACGGCUCUCUACAGCUCACUACAGCUCACUACAGCUCACUACAGCUCCCUACAGCUCUCUACAGCUCUCUACAGCUCUCUACAGCUCCCUACAGCUCACUACAGCUCUCUACAGCUCACUACAGCUCACUACAGCUCUCUACAGCUCUCUACAGCUCUCUACAGCUCCCUACAGCUCACUACAGCUCUCUACAGCUCACUACAGCUCACUACAGCUCUCUACAGCUCACUACAGCUCACUACAGCUCACUACGGCUCUCUACAGCUCACUACAGCUCACUACAGCUCUCUACAGCUCACUACAGCUCACUACAGCUCUCUACAGCUCACUACAGCUCACUACAGCUCACUACAGGUCACUACAGCUCUCUACAGCUCUCUACAGCUCCCUACAUCUCACUACAGCUCUCUACAGCUCCCUACAUCUCACUACAGCUCUCUACAGCUCACUACAGCUCACUACAGCUCUCUACAGCUCACUACAGCUCUCUACAGCUCACUACAGCUCUCUACAGCUCACUACAGCUCACUACAGCUCACUACAGCUCUCUACAGCUCACUACAGCUCUCUACAGCUCACUACAGCUCCCUACAGUUCACUACAGCUCUCUACAGCUCACUACGGCUCUCUACAGCUCACUAAAGCUCUCUACAGCUCACUACAGCUCCCUACAGUUCACUACAGCUCUCUACAGCUCACUACGGCUCUCUACAGCUCGCUACAGCUCUCUACAGCUCUCUACAGCUCUCUACAGCUCACUACAGCUCUCUACAGCUCACUACAGCUCACUACAGCUCAUUAA